GACGGGCAACGUGUGAGCAUUACGAAACGAGCGCGUUGCUUUCAUUGUAGUUAGUAGUUAGUGACAGAAAUUCUCAAAUAAAUUCCGAGUGUUGGAACGUGCGCUUCGGAAAGCAAAUAUAAACAAACAAGCGAUUUACGUGACAUACAUAUUUACGUAUGUGAAAAAGAAAUAAACAUACAAGUCACUACAAAAAUUAAAAAAAAAAAUAAUUAAAAUUAAUUUGUGUAGUGCAAAAAAUGUUUAAUAAAAUUUAUUGAAACAAUCAAAGUGUGAAUAAAAGAAAAUUAAAAUGGAACCAACAACAAUAGUGGAUUACCUUUACGAAACCAGCACCUUCGCGCCACAGCCCACAUUUGUUGACGGCACCACCGACAUCACCGAUACCCCUUUCGCCGACGAAUUAGCGGCACUCACGCCAAAAAACAUAGUCGACCGUCUGUUACAUUCCGGCGAGCAACUGACACACAACCAAAUCACAUUCGAGAUACCAUCACAUCACGAUCUCGAGCAUAUCAACACGUUGCACACGUUCAAUACGCUGCUGCAGCGCAUCGGCAAUGUGGCAUACGAUACUGUUGCUUCCGCCAGUGCACAGAGAAGCCCCGACGAGGGGCAUCCGUUUGGCGUGGAUGCGACUGGUCAACGCAUCACCAGUGAACAAAUCUCCAACAGCGCCGUGUUGAACUUGGCCGACCUGAAGAAUGGCGAGCGGGGUAGCGUGGGUGGCAGCUUCUUGGAAGACUUCUUGGGCGAUGCUGAUAUGCACAUGAUAAUCAAUUAUUUAUGGAUUGGGGUUGUCACUGCGUUGGUGGUGCUGUCCGUGAUUUUCAUUGUAUUCUCCUGCUACUUUUAUCGCAAAUUCAGGCAGUGGAAGAAAUGCAACAAGGAUAUACGGAAUCACUUGAAUAACGGUAUGUACGCCGAUGGCCAUCUUGUCGGUUGCGAUCGUUUAAUGGACGCUCAUGGCCAACAUCCGGCAACAGCUGCUGCAACAGCCUAUUACCAGCAAAUAGAAUCGCCACCCUGCUACACCAUCGCCACCGGCCUGCCGACCUACAACGAGGCAUUGCAUCAUCAUCAACAUUUCUCCUACGGCAUGAAAUUUAUGUACCCUUCCAUUACGGCUGUGCAUCAUCAUCCGGUUAUUGCUGGUGUUUAUACCACCAACGGCAACAAUAGCAACAGCAACAACAACAAAAGCGAAAUCAUGUUGAAGCAGCAAAGUGGCGAGCACUGGCAGCAGCGGCAACAGCAGCUAAUGAAACAGAAAUCAUACAAAGUGUCACCAUUAUUUACAGCAGCUGAAGCGGAUAUGGAGCUGGAGAGAGAGGAGGUUUUGGAAUUGGACGUGCCGACCACCUACGACAUUGCAGAGCUUCAUGGCCUGAAUUUGCCGGCGGCGGCCAUGGGUGUCGCUGAGCCAUUGCUGGGUGUUAGUGGUGCUGGCAGCACGGCGAGCUCGCCGACGCUGGAGGAGGUGAUUACCAUACGUCUGGAUGAGAUGACACCAACAGCUACGCUGGCGGCUAAGCCAACAGCGUCGAGAAGACCGAGAAUAUUGUAUUAUAAUGAGCAGCGUCACAGCGGUGGUGAGGAGGAGCAGCGGUGCAGUGCGAUGACGAUAACGUGAUCACAUUAAGCACGCGCCAACGUUUUGACUCAACUGGUGGGUCGACUGACUGAUGUCACAUUGUAAAUAUGGGUGUUUGUAAAUAUGCAGCCGAAGGACGUAAGAUAAAUGAAUGAGCUGCCCACAGCGAGUAAAAUUUCACAAUCGAGCAAAGAUACUAAUUAACGUAAUGGCAUUUCGAAUGAGUCUGUAAAUCGCAUCAUUAGUUAUUUCACAUUGAAAGAUAAACAUUUUUUUUGUUUUUUGUUUUUUUUUUAUUACGUACUAUCAUCGUUUCCUACAACUGAUGUAUGCCAUGCAAAAUUUCAUUUAAAGUUCGAUUUUUUCAUUGUCUUUUCAACGACUGGUUUUAUGUAUUAUGAUAUUUGUUUCCUAUUUAUGUAUUUCCUAUUUAAUUUAUUUUACUUUAAAAAGACUGAUUGUUCAUUGCAUACAUACAUACGUAUGUAUAUAUUUUUUUAAUUGCAUGUAAUAUAUUCUCGAAUAAAAGUAUUCGUAUUCCUAAGUCUUUAGUUAGCGUGCAAAUGCAAGUAGAAAAUUGUAUUUAUCGACAAAUUGUAAAUCUAGUUAAGCAUCUUAUUAGCUAAGACAAGUAAAAACUAAAAGAAAUAUUAAAAUUUAAAAAUUCACAAAAUUUAAAAAAAUUUGAUUUGUUUUUUAUUUUAUUUUUUUUUUCAUUCCAUAUGGUUUUUUUAGUAGGCAUAGUUCGAGUUUUACACCUAUUUACACACACACACAAACAUGGUACAUACACUCACACCACUCAAUUGUUUACACAAAAUAUUUCCAGAAAAAUCUUCCACCGAUUUUAAAACUCGUUUGCGCUUUUGGCGCUCAUCCAAAGCAUGAAAGUUCAAACCGCGAGCGCAGCGGAUCUAUCUGAUUUGCGAAAGUUGAAAUGGAGGUUUGAGGACGUGCACAGAAUCGCAUAGGCUAUUGGUUGCUACACCAGUGAAAUAACUUCCCUGCUAGCUGUUCAAUUCCUGGCAACUGGGAACUUGAUGAAGAAUUUACAUUUAAAGGAGUUACUUAGAGUUUGUCUAGAAUUGUAUU